AUGGACAAUGCCGAGCAACAGCGGCAAAUGAGCCAGCGCUUGAAGGCUCAGGUCAAACGAAAUGCUAGAAACAAAAGGGGGAGGCAGAUGAUUCAGAAGAUUACUCAUCAACUCGAUAAUGAGGAGUUUCCUCGGGUUGAAGAAUCUGCUUCACCCCCAGUCCCUCCUCCGGGCCCAACACCACCUGGCAUAACUAUCUCGGAGUCGGUUGACGACACGACACCGGCUUCUUGGCCUAGCAACAUUGACAGUGAUAUCUCACUAAGCACUGACAAUCGCGCAAACGAUAUACUCAAUACUGUCGACCUACCACUACGCGAUAAUCCGGAGCACUUCCUAUUUGGAAAUACCUUCCGCGAGAGGCUCAAAGUCGAUCUCGACGGCGAAGAGGAUCUGCGUUUUCUCAUGACCUACAAGGACUAUGUCUUUCCACUACUCCACCCCUUCUAUCACACUUCGCUCUUCGAAGGCGGUCAUAACUGGCUCCUCCUUGCUGCCUUUAGAAACCCCGAGUCAAGACAGUUGAUCGUGAGCCUAGUUACCUACUUCUUCUCAGUCGUGCCCCUCGUUCCUGGCGCAGGAUAUACCUUGUGUGCCAGCUUUGCCUGGGAGCAAGUUCAGAAGCAAUCAGAGCAAGCUUUCAAGGGAAUGCAGCAUAGGGUUGAGAUGCUUGGCGCCACCGCUAAUCUAUGGGAGAGAACGCAUCUCUUUGGAGAUAUCCUGUUGUUACUCGAGUUCGAGACCAUGACUCAGUAUUCCCAAGCAUGGAGACCACACCUAGAUGCUUCGAUAAUACUCUUCAAGCAAGUUCUCGACUCGCCAGAAAUAAAGCAUGUUGUGUGGCGCGUGACAUUUGAUCCGACGCAGAUGUCAGCGGAGCAGGCGAACAGAGUCAAUUGUUCAGACGUCAACUUGUUUUCUUCAACGCAAGUAGCUUUACGCUUCUUCACUGCCAAGAUCAUUCUCGCCGACAUCGUAUCUAGCAGCGCACUGGAGCAGGCACCAAGUCUCAUUGACUAUCACGAAAAGUUGAUGUCGGGCCAAGGUGAAACCAGUCUGAACAUGAAAGAUGUGACUGGGUGCGAGAACUGGGUAUUUCUCAGCAUUGCCGAAGCAGUGGCUCUCAACGCCUGGAAGAAAGAGACGAAAAGGAAAGGGAAUUUCUCUUUUAUGACUUUGGUUCAAAAGGCAGGGAAAAUUCUUGAAAAGCUUGAUCGAGGCCUGGCGAUACUGAACGAUGAAGAGCACCGAGCACAAGAGACGACCAAUCAGCAAGGUGAGAUUUUCGCAGAGUUCACUCUACUACGAACCAUGCGCCCUCCACGCGACGCCUACUACGCCAUUACUCGGGUAUGGGCGAACGCUGCACAGCUCUACCUAACUGUCGUUCUCUCGGGAUGGCAUCCCGACGUGAGCGAAGUUGUUGAUCUUGUGUCCGCAAAUCUGAAAUUGUUGGAAAGCUUGACUACGCCAAGCUGGUUGAUGACGGUUGCGUGGCCCUUCUGCGUGACAGGGUGUUUGGCGUCCGAAAGUCAUGAAACUGUGGUUGAACACAUCUUUAGUAGAACGAAGCCACUGAGUAACGUGGGUGGCUUGAUCGAGGCUAUGAAGAUCAUUCGGAAAACGUGGACACAACGAGGGGCAUUGACUCAGGAAUGGAACUUGGCGGCUUGCUUUGGGAGGUUGGACAAUAUUCCGUUGUUGGUUUGA